CUCUUUGUCUGUACUGCAUCUGUUUCUUAAGUUACCAUCUCCGCUUUCCAGACACACAGAGGAAGGCUUUCGCUUCAACUGCCGCAGGCGGGGAGCAGCGAACUCGUUUCGUGGGCGGGUCCUGCUCUGUUUUUCCUCGACAUCCAGACGUUGUGGGACGGGCAUAGGGACGUUGCCUUGGCCGAUGAUACCCGGCGGUUCAGCGAACCUUUUCUGCUCCGAAAAUUGUCAAUGGGGGGUAAAGGUACAUUGCCGAACUCCACGAAGGGAAAGAAGGGAUCUUUACAGCAAGUUGCUCCCCUGUUCACCCGCGACCCUCUUUGCUGGCCCCACACGCGUGUAAGCCGAAUUGGUCAACGGAGGAUUUCUUGAGGCAUCUGGGGUUAUGUCCGUAGAAUCGCUUUCAUUCAUUCUCACAUUUUCUCUUUCUUCCGUCUGAAAGGGACAUCCGGCGCAUCAGCAAAUGCUCUUGUCCGACUUCCGUUGUUCCCGCCCGCGCGUUUGCCACUUUGACCGCUGCCUGCGCGAAGUUAGUUCGUCUCACGGCUCUUUUCCGUCACGUUCUGGGCACAACGCCGUCGAUUUCCGAAUUUCCGAUACACUGUCUCGAACGCUUUGCUAUGCCUGUGCCUCGCGCCAUGAAUGUGCUCGUACUUCUUUGUUGAAGCGUGGGCCUUCACGUCACCACUUGGUUCUUCCGAUUCUGUCGAUGAGUGUAGAGACGUCGAUAUCCGUCUAGUCCUCUCGCCUGCCCUCGCUCUCCCUCCAUUUGUUUCAUUUUUCCCUUGUCCAUGCACUGUUGAAAAUGCCAAAGGAGUCCGCUUUGAAUUCGAGGGAGGCUCUUGUGCCUGCUCCCUUGGCGCCGCCUCCCUCUGCACUGUCGGCCUUCUCGUCGUCGGGCCGCUUUCUGGCAACGGCGGUGGCAAGCGGCGGGAGGAGUUCCGACAGCGCGGAGAGCCGCCUUCCUCGGAGUCGAGUGAAAGUCUGGGACGCGACGUCGGGGGGCGAGUUUGCGACUGCAGCCGGGGCUGCUGAAAGCGAUGGAGCCCCCAGUUCCCCCUUCGUCUCGAACUACCAGCCGCAGUUCUCGAUGGAGUGGCAACGUCAGUUCGUCGGUCACAACAUCACGUCGUUGCUCUUCGUUUCUUCAUCUGGACCCAAGCGGAUGUCAGAGCGCCUGCUGAUCGGCACAGAUCGCGGGAUGCUGGCGGCCGCAGAUGUGACGGCGUCGAACAGCAAACUCUUGUUCAGCACGUACCUCGGCGAAGGGCCAGAGGCGAACUCAUGCAGCAGCGGUCCGGACUCUGGCCUCGACUGCGCUACGGGCUCCUCACAGUUCCCUAUUUGCGCGCUGGGCCGAUGCAGCGCCGCCGCGGGAGGGAACGUCGUCGCCCUGGUCGGGGGAGCGGAGGGGAGUAGUCUUGUCAUUGUCGAUCCACAGGACGGGAGUGUCUUGCAGCAAGACGAGCUCUCGAAGCCGUACAACCUCCUCGCGUACCCUUCGGCAGACGCUGACGAAGAUGUCGUCCUGCUCGCGUUGCGCAGGGGGACGCCGGAGGUCGGCAGCAGCUCGGCCAGCGUCGUCUUGUACGACGUGCAGCACCAGCGGCCGAGAGCGAAGCUCGUGGGCGGGACGGGCGCCGGCGCGCUCUCUGUGGCUGUUGAGAAGAAGGCGCGAUUCGCCGCUGGCGUCUUCAGCGGGAGUGGGAAAGACGAACAACACGUUCAGGUGGUUGUGUGGAAGAUCCCGGACCGAUCGGUCGACGCUGAGGAGCGGGCGGCUGCGAAAGGAAAGCCGAAGAAACUGCAGCCUAUCUGCUCCGGAAGCCACUUCGAGGCCCUCGUUCAGGUGGUCCUGCCGCCGACGCGCGACGCAGGGGGCGAGGAGGACGACUCCGACAGUGGAGACGAGGAAGCGGCCUCUCCAGACACGCCACAGACCGUCGUGGCUCUCUCUCGCAGCAACGCCGUUAUCGUCUGGGCAAUGAAAAAGGAAGGGACAGACAGCCCGUCCUUCUCCCUCGUGAAACUCGCGCAAAUCGACUCUGUCUCGUUUCCGUGCAUCUCCCCGAAGAUGUCGCUCGACUCUAUCCCGGCCCUGGCUGCCGCAGCGGCGACCCCCGGCGUCUGGUUUAUGCAACACCUCGAUGAGAACGAAGGGGCGGAAAACGGGCAAAAUGCAACGAGUCCGAGUACAAAGAAACACCGACAGAGUGCCCGGCCAAACCAGCCAGCAGAGGCGAGGCAACCCUUGUGUAUAGUUCGUGGGUGCCACACGACGCCACUUUUCCAGUGUCUUUUGCUGCCUCGCGCCUUGCCAGGUCGAGGUUGUCAGGAGCUCUACUUGCCGGUGAUUCCCCGCGACAGUGGGAAAUUCGGUCUCCCGUGUGUCGAAGCUUUGAAGCUGUCUGAAGUGCGCGCCGCUGGCGGCAGCUCACGGAAGUCUGGAGAGAAGCCGGGCAGCGCCGCUGACAGCGCAGACGAAGAUUCCCCAAGCCGGGGUCCCUUGCCGGCCGCUUCUCUCAAGAGGACGAUCGCGGCUGUGACAGAGUCCGAUGGAGAGGAUGCAGAGGCCAGCGGCGAUGCAACGGCAGACGGCAAGAAGAAGAAGCAGUCGAAGGCUAAGGGUUUGCCAGGUGCCGCUGCCGGUGCUGCUCCUGGAGGGGAACGAAGUAGUGUCGCCGUCAUUCUGCGCCAGGCUCUCACAGCGUCGGAUGCGCGUUUGCUGGAAACAGUCCUAACUUCAACAGCUAAGGAUAAAAAAGAAGUUAAUGCAGCGGUCGGUUCGUUAACACCAGUACAAGCUCUGCGGCUGCUUCAACACCUCGUGCAGCAGCAACAAUCCAACCCAGCGGCUUCUAUCACAAAGGGGGGAUGGAUAGAGGAAAUCGUCAAACAACACGCCGUAGUGCUGUCCCAAACAGACGCGGGUAGGGAGCAGCUCGUCCUUCUUCUGCUACAGGUUGAAGAACGUCGGCGGUCUGAAUCUGCACUUGUGAAGGUCAAGGGCAGGCUCGAACUGCUGCUUCAGCAGAUGCAGCGUGUUCAGAAGCUCAGAGAAGAAAGAGGAAAGGAAGAGAAGGAGGCUAGGGAGCCUCUGGUUGUGCACAAGGAACGAGCUAACGCCUGAGACAUAAACGAAGCACGGCAUUGACUUUAGUAAUAGAUAGGGUCGAGGUUGACGCCUGUCCGAUAAAGGUUGUGCAGUUGAUGAUCAUCUGGGAAGACAAAUGAACUGGCGCUGACCAAGGCACGUCAUAUGUCGUAUACUUCUGCGGUGGAUCGCUACUGUAAACAAAGAACAUGUCAGAAAGACAAGUUGAAGUGUGGAGUAGCGUGGCCGGUUUCUGGGUUUUUGAGGUGCAGCAAUCGGAUGACAGCAACGACCCCAGCCCUUAUCUGUAUUGGCGCUGCCACAUUUGAGAAAGUGGCGCCGUUGCACACAUUGGUGAGGCGCAAGUUAUCGUGCGUGCAGAGCUGCCAUGUGCCAAUGCAUGCGAGUGGACCUACUCAGUCUAGGUGAGCAUGCAGGUACUGAAUGCCCUGUACAAUAGUGUUGUCCGGGGCAUUGAGCAAGCAGUAGAGAUGUUGUGAGUCCCGUUGUUCCGUUCACACGUCAUCUUGAAAGAAAUUCGAUCUCUGGUCUUAUUUCGGACUCGAACGCAAACAGUGGCAUCUCAUUCCACUCCGUUAAAGCGAUUCGCGGCGG